AUGGUGGACCUGUCGUGGACCUGUCGUGCAUGCCCUCACAGCAGGCAAGAUUCAGUGAGUUUUGCCUUUACUGAAAAGAGAACAUUAGUACCCCCUCAGAGAGACUACCAGUACCCCUUCAGAGAGACUACCAGUACCCCCUCAGAGAGACUACCAGUACCCCCUCAGAGAGACUACCAGUACCCCCUCAGAGAGACUACCAGUACCCCCUCAGAGAGACUACCAGUACCCCCUCAGAGAGACUACCAGUACCCCUCAGAGAGACAACCAGUACCCCCUCAGAGAAACAACCAGUACCCCCUCAGAGAGACUACCAGUACCCCCUCAGAGAGACAACCAGUACCCCCUCAGAGAGACAACCAGUACCCCCUCAGAGAGACUACCAGUACCCCCUCAGAGAGACUACCAGUACCCCCUCAGAGAGACUACCAGUACCCCCUCAGAGAGACUACCAGUACCCCCUCAGAGAGACAACCAGUACCCCCUCAGAGAGACUACCAGUACCCCCUCAGAGAGACAACCAGUACCCCCUCAGAGAGACUACCAGUACCCCCUCAGAGAGACAACCAGUACCCCUCAGAGAGACAACCAGUACCCCCUCAGAGAGACAACCAGUACCCCCUCAGAGAGACUACCAGUACCCCCUCAGAGAGACAACCAGUACCCCCUCAAAGAGACAACCAGUACCCCCUCAGAGAGAACCAGUACCCCCUCAGAGAGACAACCAGUACCCCCUCAGUGAGUCCACCAGUACCCCCUCAGAGAGACAACCAGUACCCCCUCAGAGAGACUACCAGUACCCCCUCAGAGAGACUACCAGUAUCCCCUCAGAGAGACUACCAGUACCCCCUCAUACACCUUCAGAGAGACCACCAGUACCCCUCAGAGAGACCACCAGUAUCCCCUCAGAUAGACCACCAGUACCCCCUCAGAGAGACCACCAGUAUCCCCUCAGAUAGACCACCAGUAUCCCCUCAGAGAGACCACCAGUACCCCUCAGAGAGACCACCAGUAUCCCCUCAGAUAGACCACCAGUAUCCCCUCGAUGAAGAGGCUGGGCUAUUCCCUGGGUUUCUCCCCUGA